AUGUCAUUUUUCUCUUGGGCGGUUGGUUUACAAGGAGCUGCCACUUGUUUAUUAACGGCUGCUCGCACAUUAACAACCAAUAAUAGUUCUUUGGAGAAUGAAAUUGGAGAGCAACGUGAUUUAAAUUUACUUAGAGAGUUUAACUCGGGGGAUCUAAGAAGAUCAAGGAAAGAUAAGAAUCAACAACAAAACGAUACCAAAGAUUUCGUGUUGGAAUAUUUUAAUUCGCUUAUUGAAAAUGAUCCUUUGUUGAAAUCUUUUAUGAAGCAUGAUUCUAAAAGCAGUAAAAGCAAUGCCGUUAGCAAUAGUAGCAGCAGUAGAAGCAAAGCCAAUUCCAGCGCCGAUACUGAAAAUGGAACCAAGAAAAAACGUAACAGAAUAAAAAAACCUGUUGAUCCGAAUGCACCAAAAAAACCUGUUAGCGCGUUUCUCCUUUACCAAAAAGAUGUCCAAGAUGAAAUACGUAAAGAAUUCCCCGACACUAAAUGGAACGAUAUUUUACGCAUUAUUAGUCAACGAUGGCAAAGUCUUUCAAACGAUGACAAAAAGAUAUAUGAAACCAAACUUCAACAGGCAAGGCAUAAUUAUGAAAUUGAAUAUAAAACUUAUAUGGAAAAUAAGGAUAAUUCAUCAUCAAAUAUGAUUGAGACUACCGAUGACAAUAAAGAAACCGCUUCUAGUUCCAAAAAAGGGAUGGAUGACGGCGAUGAUAAGUUUAAAAAUCAUAUCAAAAAAUCCAAGAAAGACAAGAUCAACUUUACAAAUAUUGAUGACGGAGAAGAAUAUGGCGAUGAUCUAGCAGCAAGAAAAAGAUCUCAUAUAAAAGUAGAAGGAGAUGAGGCUGUUAGACCUACAAUAAUAGUUGGCAAUAAUAGAGAUCUAAAUAAUAAUAAUGACAAUUUACAUAAAUUAUCACCCAACAAUAAAACAAAGAAAAAGAAACCAAAAGAUAUUACUACAGAAACAAGAUCAUAA